GAGAAGGCAACACGUAAGCAUCAGGAAGACUACAUCCAACAACUGCAGCGCUACUACGACAAUCUUCUGGCUAAGCAUGCAGCCGCUGAAAUGACCAUCGAUCAUCUGCGUAUUCGGGCCAAGGUUGGAUGCGAGGACUCAACACUUCCACCUGCCUCAUCCACUACUCCCGGUAACACCUUCUCCAACACUCUUCGUGGUCGAAAACUCACAUCUGCUUCUCUGGAUACCUGUGUGCCGGCACUCUUGUCCAAACGAUCACAUCAGCCACGUGUCUCGGGCUCUGUUGCAAGCUUUCGUGAUCACUCAACUCCGACACGAUCACAGUGUUCUCUAAAUCCCACUCCGAGAGUUAGUAUGCAACCUCAGGUUCAUCUCAUGCCUCUCGCCUCAUCAAGCAAGCAUUCACAACGGAGUCGCUUGAAUGAUGGACUUGAGCGCCCCAAGUCCGGUCUCAAUAAUGCUCCAAACGGGGAGGGUACAGUUGCUUCUGUUGACGACAGUACUGAUUUUGAAGGAGGUAAUGCUUGA